AUGGCUUGGAACAGAACAUUGGAAGUCACAAACAUGACAUCAACAGUGGGAUUGAAUGUGACUAAUUCCACUGCAGAUGGAGGAGGAAAUUUUACCCAAGACGAGUAUUAUUACUACUACUACUAUAACGAACCGCCUCCCUACCAAGUACGCCCUAUUGCUGUGGAGAUUCCCUUCAAGGGUUUCGUGUAUCCAGUUCUAGCUAUCGUUACCAUCUUAGGGAAUAUACUGACAGUUUCUGUGUUUAUCAAGGAGCGAAUGCGAACAGCUACGUCCGUGCUUCUGAUUUGUCUUGCUGUUUCUGACUCUGUCAUAUGUGCUUCUCUCCUUCCGAACUUUUUGUAUCUCUAUCCAACAGGAAACUUCAAGACGUAUGUUAUGUACGGUUGGUGUGUGGCACUACAGAUCUUAUCCAAUAUCUACCGUGUAGCCAGGACGACUUCCAAUUGGAUCACAGCCGCCAUUGGCCUGCAACGGUACAUCAUAGUCCGAUUACCAUUCAAGGCCAAGCGGAUCUGUACAAUAAAGACGUCUUUGCUGACAUGUGUCUUCAUCACUAUAGCCUCACUACUGAUACACCUCCUACAGUUCCUUGCCUUAGAAAUAAUACCGUCAACACCGUCAUCAACGCUGACGAAUGGCACUUUGCCGACAGGAUGUAUCAAACAGUUUCCGGUGUGGAUCAUUGAUACAUUUCAGGACAUGAAGAGGAUGGUCUGGAUGCAUUAUCUCUUCACUGGCAUCUUCAGUGGUCUGCUUCCAUGUCUGUUACUCCUCAUCACUACAGUCCUCCUCGUCCUCCAACUCAGGAGGAGGCGCAAGAACCUCGGCAAGAACGGCUGUCAUGGAGACGCCUCAGACAAGAACACAAGGCGGGUGACAAGGUUCGUAAUCGUUAUCUUAAUCGUGUUUCUUCUAGCUGAGAUGCAAGAUGCAGUGGCUUUCUUCAUAUACGUUUACGAAAUUAGCUCCGACAAAGACCGGAAAGUGCUUUCAAGAGAGGCGGAUAUGACAUGGGACACAUUCACUGUCCUCAUAGCUCUACUCAGUUAUCAUGUCAAUUUUUGGAUAUAUCUUCUCAUGAGUAAGCAGUUCCGUUGCGUACUUCGUGCGCGAUUCUGUCCUAGGGAUGGUUUCCGGGUAAACAAGAGAGAUGAUAGGCUGACAACUGCCUCGUUCUUGCCAGAGAACUCUACCUCACAAAUGUCGUCUACACAAAAGGCAGUAUGA